GUGGAGGGAGGGGGUGAAAAUGGCGCCCAGCUCGAAAUCGGAGCGGAACAGCGGGGCCGGGAGCGGCGGCGGCGGCCCCGGGGGCGCCGGGGGGAAGCGGGCAGCGGGGCGGCGGCGGGAGCACGUCCUCAAGCAGCUGGAGCGCGUCAAGAUCAGUGGGCAGCUCUCCCCUCGCCUCUUCCGGAAGCUGCCGCCCAGGGUCUGCGUCUCCCUCAAGAACAUCGUGGACGAGGACUUCCUCUACGCAGGACACAUCUUCCUGGGCUUCUCCAAGUGCGGCCGCUAUGUGCUCUCCUACACCAGCAGCAGCGGGGACGACGACUUCUCCUUCUACAUCUACCACCUGUACUGGUGGGAGUUCAACGUGCACAGCAAGCUCAAGCUGGUGCGGCAGGUGCGGCUCUUCCAGGACGAGGAGAUCUACAGUGACCUGUACCUGACCGUGUGCGAGUGGCCCAGCGACGCCUCCAAAGUCAUUGUCUUCGGCUUCAACACCCGCUCUGCCAACGGGAUGCUCAUGAACAUGAUGAUGAUGAGCGACGAGAACCACCGAGACAUCUACAUCAGCACCGUGGCUGUGCCGCCGCCGGGGCGCUGUGCGGCCUGCCGGGAGGCCAGCCGGGCCCAUCCAGGGGACCCGAGCGCGCAGUGCCUGCGACACGGCUUCAUGCUGCACACCAAGUACCAGGUGGUCUACCCCUUCCCCACCUUCCAGCCCGCCUUCCAGCUCAAGAAGGACCAGGUGGUGCUGCUCAACACCAGCUACUCCCUGGUGGCCUGCGCAGUCUCCGUCCACUCGGCAGGUGAUAGCAGCUUCUGCCAAAUCCUGUAUGACCACACCACCUACCCCCCGGCCCCUCCCAGUCCCCCCGGGCCCCGGAGCCCAGAGGCGCCCCCUGCCCUCCCCAGCCUUGGCCCCGAGGCAGCCCCCGCCCAGCCCUCUGGGGCCCCCGAGCCCUCGCCCGCCAUCGCCAAAGCCAAGGAGUUUGUGGCCGACAUCUUCCGCAGGGCCAAAGAGGCCAAGGGGGGGACCCCGGAGGAAGCCCGGCCGCCCCCCUGCCCAGGGCCCUCGGGCGGCCGCCUCCGCCUGCCCUCUGAGCCCCUGGCCCCCGGCGGGGAGGCGGCGCCCCGGGACAGCCCCCCCGCAGCGGAGGUGCCCACCCCCGAGCCCGGCUACGUCAACUACACCAAGCUCUACUACGUGCUGGGGUCCGGCGAGGGGACGGAGCCAGAGGACGAAUUCGAGGACGACAAGAUCUCCCUGCCCUUCGUGGUGACCGACCUCCGUGGCCGCAACCUGCGGCCCAUGCGGGAGCGGGCCGCCAUGCAGGGUCAGUACCUGACGGUAGAGCAGCUCACGCUGGACUUCGAGUACGUCAUCAACGAGGUCAUCCGCCACGACGCCACCUGGGGCCACCAGUUCUGCUCUUUCAGCGACUACGACAUCGUCAUCCUGGAGGUCUGCCCGGAAACGAACCAGGUCCUCAUCAACAUUGGCCUGCUGCUCCUGGCCUUCCCGGCCCCCAGCGAGGAGGGCCAGCUCCGACCAAAGACCUAUCACACCAGCCUCAAGGUGGCAUGGGACCUCAACACCGGCAUCUUCGUGACAGUCAGUGUGGGCGACCUCACGGAGGUCAAAGGACAGACCAGCGGCAGCGUGUGGAGCUCCUACCGCAAGAGCUGCGUGGACAUGGUCAUGAAGUGGCUGGUGCCCGAGAGCAGUGGCCGCUACGUCAACAGGAUGACCAACGAGGCCCUGCACAAAGGGUGCUCACUGAAGGUUCUGGCGGACAGCGAGCGAUACACGUGGAUCGUGCUGUGAGGGCCCGCCGCCCUGGACACUGACUCCAACUACCUCCGUGGCCUGGGGCUGGCCGCCUUCCUGGCAGCCUGUGCCCGGCUGGCCAGCCCACCCCCGACCGGCACUAGUGUUAGGCUGCGGGAAGGGACUGGGCGGGGCAGCCCCUGGUGGCCUGAGAGUCUGGACGCUUCUUAUUUAUGCCUAUUUAAGUUGGGAAGGGGCAGAGGGAGGGAGCCCCUGCCCCACCAGCCUUGAGCGCCCGCCUUCACCCUGCGCUGGCACGGCCCCACUUUCCCUCAUUUGCCCCUCUCCUGGGCUGCAGGCAUGGACAUUGCCCCCAGGGGAGGCCGAAUGGACCCCGGUUCCCUGCCUGUCCCCAGCCUCCCCCACCCGAGGCAGCAAACAUCGCAGCCCUCCCCGCUCCCCCACUGUUCCUCUUCACGUAAUAAAUGUUCUAUUUCUGA